AUGGGUGCUGCUUUUGGAGAUGGGAUGGAUGGUCGCUACUUGCGUAGACAGCAAAGUCGUUCUUCUCACCCUAAAUGGAAGGUGUUCAUUAUCUCGGUGCUGAACAACGACAGUCGGGACAAGAAGAAACAAGCAACCGCAGCAGGAGAAGCAAGACUCUGUCAUCAAAAUAAUAAUAAUAAUAAUAAUAAUAGAUGUCUUUGCUUUCUGCCCUCUGUCGCAGGUCCCUCCAUAGUGACGCCCCCCAAGGACAUCUGGAACGUCACGGGCGCGCAGGUGUACCUGAGCUGCGAGGUCAUUGGGAUCCCAACGCCUGUCCUCAUCUGGAACAAGGUACAAAGGGGCCACUAUGGAAUUCAAAGGACGGAACUCUUGCCUGGUGACCGGGACAACCUGGCCAUUCAGACCCGGGGUGGCCCAGAAAAACAUGAAGUGACUGGCUGGGUGCUGGUGUCUCCUCUGAGUAAGGAAGAUGGCGGGGAAUAUGAGUGCCACGCGUCCAAUUCCCAGGGACAGGCCUCGGCAUCAGCGAAAAUUACAGUGGUUGAUGCCUUACAUGAAAUACCGGUGAAAAAAGGUGAAGGUGCUGAGCUAUAAACAUGCAGAAUAUGUCUUAGUCUGCAUAGCUAAAAGUAGUCAUGGAUAACUACAAACCCCCCCCCCAUUCUUGCCUAAUAACAAGUUUCUAUUAAUCCAGUCUACUAACACUUUAUAUUCACCGGUCGGACACAGAGAGACACAAAAUAAAGAUAACACGUGAAGACUAUCUACAAAAAUUUAUUGUCUAUUUACAGAAGAAUGAAAGCCUGCAUGUCACUAAACAAAACAAAUAAAAUGCUUUUUAUUGCAA